AUGCACGCCGCCACCUUCGGCGGCAACCCGCUCGCCGCCCGCGCCGGCAUCGCCACGCUCGAGACGAUCGAACGCGAAGGCCUGCUCGAGCGCUGCAAGCAGAUCGGCGAGCGCUUCAAGGCGAAGCUAUCGCCGCUUGUCGAUGAGCUGCCGCACGUGAAGGAAGUUCGCGGCGUCGGCGUGAUGAUCGGCAUCGAGCUGCUCGUCGAGGGCGCGCCGGUCGUCGCCGAGUGCAUGAAGCGCGGCCUCUUGAUCAACUGCACGCAGGGAACGGUCGUCCGUCUGCUCCCCGCGAUGAACCUCAGCGACGCCGAGUGCGACGAGGGCUGCGAAAUCCUCAUCGACGCGCUCCGCGGCAUCGAAACGAUCUUCGCGCUGACCACCGACCUCAAGCAAAAGUUGAAGCAAGGGGUGCGCGAGCCGCUGUUGCCGGGGCGAGUCUUGGCGCUCUUGUUCGAGAAGCCGUCGCUGCGGACCCGCGUCAGCUUCGAGUCCUGCAUGGCCCACCUCGGCGGCUCGAGUCUGAUGCUCGGCGCCGACACCGGCUUCGGCAGCCCGCGCGAAUCGCUUGCCGACUUCGCCCGCGUCCUCACGCAGAUGGUCGAUGUGGUCGUCAUCCGCAGCAAACGCCACGACACCGUCACCGAGUUCGCAAAGAACGCCGACUGCUCGGUCAUCAACGGACUCACCGACAUCUCGCACCCCUGCCAGGCGCUGGCGGACCUCUACACGGUCCGCGAACAUUUUGCCAAACAGGGUGGGGGCGACUUGAAGGGCCGCAAGAUUGCUUGGAUCGGUGACGCCAACAACGUCGCCCGCAGCCUGGCGCACGGUUGCGCGAGGCUUGGCGUCGAGUUCGUCAUCGCGGGGCCGAAGGGCUACCAGAUGGCGCCCGAUCUACUCGACAAGUUCCGCACGCAGAGCCCCGACGCCAAGCUCACCGUCCUCGAAGACCCCGUCGAAGCGGUCGAUGGCGCGUCGGCGAUCUACACCGACAUCUGGGCCAGCAUGGGCCAAGAGCACGAGGCCGACGUCCGCAAGAAGGCCUUCGCGGGCUACCAGGUGAACGAGGCCCUCUUCGCCCAGGCGCCCGACGACGCCAUUUUCCUCCACUGCCUCCCCGCCCACCGCGGCGAAGAGGUCACCGACGGCGUCAUCGACCACGAGCGCAGCCUCGUCGUCGAACAAGCCGCCAACCGCCUCCACGUGCAGAAGGGCAUCCUCGUUUG